CAGGUUUAUUCCUCCAAUCUAGUAAGCUUUUAGUUUGAUUUCUCCAAAGCGUUUCGAGAUCUUGCAGUUCUGAUUUCCAGACAUGGAAACACCCGACUAUAGGUUGUACAUGUGCACCGUGUGCUUCCAAAGGUGCCUUUGGAGCGAUCUGUCGAAGAAGGAGCUCCGCUGCAUUCAGUGUCGUCUGCCACCCAAGAUCUGCGUCAUCUGCGAUAAGAAGUUCGAGCCGCGCGAGAAGUCGCAUGUUUACUGCAAACGAUGCAAUUUCUAUAUCCUCAGACACGCCGCAGUCAAGCCCCCAUCCUUGGAGGAGAAUCCCGAGAGAGUGGCGGAUGCUGGCCAGGAUAGGGAAGGAUCUUCGUUCACGGAACGCUGGAAGGAGAUUAAAGCCGCCGCUGGAAUCGUGGAAGACGGGUUCAGUGACUGAAUCCACAUGCAUUUUAUUUCCAUCACUGUAAAACCGAACUCCUAGCAGUGGCUAUAAGUAAACAAAUAUAUCCAACUCCCUUUCAAGUUUUGUCCUAAA